AUGAGCAGUAACGUCAACGAAACGUCUGCCCAGGAGGUGCAGGUCGAUGCUCUGGUGAUUAUGAAGAUUGCCAAGCACUGCUCGUCGGUCUUCCCCACGACCGCGACGGGCUCGCUGGUGGGCAUGGACGUCGACGCCACCGUUGAGGUCACCAACUCCUUCCCCUUCCCUUCGACCGAUAGCGGCACGACCGAGUCUCACCAGAACGACGCCUCAGCCGUGGCGGCCGCCGCCCCUCGGCAGAGGGCCAACAUUGUCUACCAGAACGAUAUGAUCCGCCACCUCAAGGAGGUCAACGUCGAUGCUAACAACGUAGGCUGGUACACGAGCGCCACGAUGGGCAACUUUAUCAACCUCAACUUCGUCGAGAACCAGUACCACUACCAGAAGGACAACUCGCAAGCCGUCGGAAUCGUCUAUGACGCUAGCAAGAGCUCCCAGGGCAACCUGGCGCUGAGGGCUUUCCGCUUGAGUGUUCCCUUUAUGGCCGCCUACAAGGAGGGCAAGUUUACGACUGAGAUCCUGCAAAAAACCAAGCUGUCCUUCAAGGAUAUCCUUUCUGAGCUUCCUGUGAGCGUGCACAACUCACACCUCCUGACGACGUUCCUCCACCAGAUGCCCGGUCUCCCGACAGAGGAUGAUAUUGAGCCGCCGACGUCGCUGGCGGAUAUUGAGCGUGACCAGAUCCAGGUCCCUCUCCACCCGUCGCUCGACACUCUCGACCUUGCCAUCGACCCGUUCCUCGAGAAGUCGUCGGACCUCCUGCUUGACAGCAUCGAGUCGCACUACACAGAUCUCAACAACUUCCAGUUUUACCAGAGGCAACUCAACCGCGAGCAGCUCAAGAUCUCGCAGUGGCAGGCCAAGCGCAAGGCUGAGAACGCUCAGCGCGUGCUGGCCAAGCAGACCCCUCUGCCUGAGGACGAGUGGCAGCGCCUGUUCAAGCUUCCCCAGGAGCCCAGCCGGCUGGAGGGUAUGCUCAACGCCAAGCAGGUGGAACAGUACAGCAAACAGAUUGACGGCUUCACGGCCAACAUCAGCGCCAAGAUGUUUGCCGUGCGGGAGAACAUGCUGCCUCAGUAG